GCCCGCAUCCCGAGACCCAUCCACAAAUCUCUUGGCUUUUUUCCUUCCCCCUUCGACGUCUCGACGAUUCCAGAAUCCCCAACCGUCGUUUGCUUGACCGCAAAUCACUGCGAGAACUGGUAGCUUGCCGAACAAAAAAAACAAAAACGGGGAACUCCCCCCGAAAGAUCGGGCCCUCCCGUCCCACCCUCCGUCUCCCGAUAGUAGCGCCUCACGGGAGGCGUUGCCGGUGGCCGCUCGGACGUUGGUCAUAGCAUGCAUCUCAGGCACACAUCCAUACCCACCCACGCAGAAGCGGGCAAAGGAAAAAACCAUUUCCAUGACCAAUUCACCGCCAAUUAUGUCAGCUUUUUCCCGCCCCAACCUGCCCUUGGAGGCAAUGCCGAAGCCGUUUGGAAGGAUGCCGGCCGGGAAUAAUCCAAUCUAGAAGUCAAACUGUGGGGAAAGCACUCCUUGGACCGGACCCACGCGGGCGAAUUUUCUUUUUUAGCUGUCGGCCACGGCCCCCCCCCCUUUCCCGAUACAUGCCCUCUUCAUCAGUGUGACUGGUCCCCUUCUUUUCUGCUCUUCCGCUUUUCCUUCUUCACCAUCUGAAGAAAGAAAUAAAAGCUGUUGUCUGUAGAACCAAAAGAUCAGCAACAUCUAAACACCGGCCCCACAUCCGCAUCGGUACCGAUCCUCACUCAUCCAGACCGGAAACAGCCGAAAUUCGCUCCCCGCCCUCUCUCAUCCCGCAACAGGAAAAGAAAAUACCCACUUUCCGGCUUGGUCGGGAGAGGUGUUGAGAGGGCGUCGUUCCCGCAUUCCGGGGUUCAAAGUUCAUAAAGAGACGCAAAUGCCGCCGCCGCGAGAGAGUCAUGUCACCACCACAACAGGGGAUGCUGGUGUAAGCGCUCCCUAUGGCGUCACCAAUUCUUCGUCGUCAUCACCACCAUACCACCGUUCCAACAACUCAUCAUCAGACUCGACAUUGGAUGUUCCAAUAGCUGAUGGUGAAAAGACAUCGCCAACUGAUUCCGCCUCCUCGUCUGAUACCGAACCUGAGGUAGAGCCAGUCAGAGUGGCGUCGCGACGUACCAUACCGGAUGCCAACCACUAUGGCCCAACCACGGAGAAGGAUCCCGAGCUCGAGCUGGAACGCUCACCAUCGGCGGCGACCACGAUUGACUUUCCCGAGGGAGGCGUGACGGGGUGGUUGGUGGUGUUUGGGUCGUUUUGUGCCAUGUUGUCGCUGUACGGAUUGAUCAAUUCGGCCGCUGUGUUUGAAUCGUACUUUUCGACGCACCAGUUGAAGGACAACUCGCCGAGCGAGAUUGGCUGGAUCUUUAGCUUGUACCUGUUUAUUGUGUUUUUCGUGGGGGUCCAAGUUGGGCCUAUUUUUGAUCGAUAUGGCGCGAGGCUGAUUGUUGCUGUGGGAUGUUUGCUGAUCACGCUCAGUUUGUUGUUGCUGAGCUGGUGUACUGAGUAUUAUCAGAUCAUCCUCACCUAUUCCGUCAUGGGUGGCUUGGGCGGUGCUCUCCUCAACUGUCCCGCCUAUGGCUCCAUCGCCCACUUCUUCAACGUCCGUCGAGGUUUUGCGACAGGCAUUGCGAGUACAGCGGGCGGCAUCGGCGGUGUCAUCUUCCCCAUUGUGCUGAGAGAGCUGUUGCCGACCAUCGGGUUCAACUGGAGCAGCCGAGUGCUCGCCCUGAUCAUGCUCGGCCUCGCCAUCCCAGCCAAUCUGUUCAUCAAGACCAGACUGCCCCCCGCGAAGGGCGAAAAGGUGCAGUCGGUCUGGCCCGACUUUUCCGUGUUCAAAGAUGCCCGGUUCGCAUGCGCUGCUCUCGGGGUGUUCUUCAUGGAGUGGGGCCUGUUCGUUCCGUUGACUUAUAUUGUGUCGUACGCGGUUGACCACGGGCAGGAUGCGACGGAAAGUUAUCUGCUGUUGUCAUACCUGAACGCCGGGUCCGUGUUGGGACGUGUGUUGCCGGGAAUUCUGGCGGAUAAGAUUGGGCGGUUCAACGUUAUUAUCAUCACUAUCGCCAUUUGCUUGAUCACGGGACUGGCGCUGUGGUUGCCGGCUGGCCACUCGAAUUCGAUGUUGAUUGCAUACGCGGUGCUGUUUGGGUUUGGCAGUGGCAGCAACAUUGGCUUGGUGCCGGUGUGCUUGGGUCAGCUCUGCGAUCACCGAAAGUUUGGGCGACUGUUUUCAACGGCGAUGAUGGUGGCCAGCUUUGGUACGCUGAGCAGUGUCCCAAUUGGAGGCGCCUUGUUAUCUGGGUCGGGUUGGACGGCCGUCAUUUUGUUUUCGAGCAUCUCGUAUGCUGUUGCGUUGGCUUUCUACACAGCCACCAGGGUGCUUGCUGUGGGGUGGAACCCUCUGACGGUCUUCUAGGACCGCGAUCUCAUAAUGGAUGGUAGAAGCGAUGUAUUAGCGAUGCUUGUAUUUUCUGGCGCUCAAAUUUGUUGUACAUAUACUAAAUAAUAAUCUUCAUCUCACGCGUCGUCGAUUUUGAGCUGUG